GGCGGGUGUGGCACCGGGCUGGUAGCCACCGGAGCCCGGAGGGCGCGUGCUUUGUGUCGCGAGCCGGCGAGAGAACGCGGGUCCCGGGAGCCCCGGCGCCGUGUCCUCUUCCAUUGUGCUCCCCUGGCGCGUGUGGCACGGAACUGGACAUGGAGCCGCAGAGGUCCCCCUUGUUGGAAGUGAGGGGGAAGGGGAACGUAGAGCUGAAGAGGCCCCUGGUCAAGGCUCCUUCUCGGCUGCCUCUACCGGGAACCAGGUUUAAGAGGGGGCCUGACCAGAUGGAGGAUGCCUUAGAGCCUGAGAAGAAAAGGACACGAGGACUGGACACAGUGACCAAAAUGGCCACGUCCCACCCCAGAGCACCAGCCCUCACUGCAAGACCACAGACACAAGGCCAGACCACAGCUCCAAAAGUUCCCAAGAAGACAGGCCCCCGAUGUUCUACAGCUAUUGCCACAGUGUUGAAGGAUCAGAAACCAGGCCCUGCCGUUCCUGCCCAGAAGCCUGCAGGUAGGUCGGCUGCCCCUCCCCUGCUGGGAGGGAAGAAACCCACCAAACGUCCGGCCUGGGACUUAAAGGGUCAGUUAUGUGACCUGAAUGCCCAGCUGAAGUGCUUCCGUGAGAGGACUCAGACAUUGAACCAGGAGAACCAACAACUGCAGGACCAACUGCAGGAGGCCCAGCAACAGGCCCGGGCCCUGGGGACAGAGUGCAGGACCCUGGAAGGGGAGUUGGCCAGGGUGCAGGCCGAGGCUGAACAGAGCCAGCAGGAGUUGGGGACCCUCAGGGCCCAUGUGCUGGAGCUGGAAGAGCAGUUGGGCACACAGGAGGGCUUGGUGCAGGAGCUCCACAAAGAACAGUUGGGAUUGCAGGAGGAGCGAAGGGGACUGGCCGCCCGGCUGGAGGAGCAGGAGAGGAGGCUGCGGGCCUCAGAAGCAGCUCUGUCAGGCAGCCAAGCGGAGGUGGCAUCUCUGCGUCAGGAGGCUGCCGCGCAGGCGGCCGCACUGGUGGAGCAAGGCGAACGUCUGCACGGGCUCGAGAUGGCGCGCCGGCGACUCCACAACCAGCUACAGGAACUCAAAGGCAAUAUCCGUGUGUUCUGCCGGGUCCGCCCUGUCCUUGCAGGGGAGCCCACCCCGUCCCCAGGCUUCCUCCUGUUUCCCUCUGGCCCCGGCGGGCCCUCCGAUCCUCCAACCCGCCUCAGUGUCUCCCGGUCUGACGAUCGUCGUGGGACCCUGAGUGGGGCGCCGGCCCCCACCACCCGCCACGACUUCUCCUUCGACCGGGUAUUCCCGCCAGGGAGUGGACAGGACCAAGUGUUUGAGGAGGUCGCCAUGCUUGUCCAGUCAGCCCUGGAUGGCUACCCAGUGUGCAUCUUUGCCUACGGCCAGACAGGCAGUGGCAAGACCUUCACCAUGGAGGGUGGGCCUGGGGGAGACCCCCAGGUGGAGGGCCUGAUCCCUCGGGCCCUGCGGCACCUCUUCUCUGUGGCCCAGGAGCUGGGCGGCCAGGGCUGGACCUACAGCUUUGUGGCGAGCUACGUAGAGAUCUACAAUGAGACUGUCCGAGACCUGCUGGCCACGGGGACCCGGAAGGGCCAGGGUGGUGAGUGUGAGAUUCGCCGGGCAGGGCCGGGGAGUGAGGAGCUUACUGUCACCAAUGCCCGCUAUGUUCCUGUGUCCUGUGAGAAAGAGGUGGAGGCCCUGCUCCACGUGGCCCGCCAGAACCGGGCGGUGGCCCGCACGUCACAGAACGAGCGCUCAUCACGCAGUCACAGCGUGUUCCAGCUCCAGAUCUCUGGGGAGCACGCUGGGCGGGGCCUGCAGUGUGGGGCCCCCCUCAGCCUUGUGGACCUGGCUGGGAGCGAGCGGCUGGACCCUGGCUUAGCCCUUGGCCCUGGGGAACGGGAACGCCUUCGGGAAACACAAGCCAUUAACAGCAGCCUGUCUACCCUGGGGCUGGUCAUCAUGGCCCUGAGCAAUAAGGAGUCCCACGUUCCUUACCGGAACAGCAAGCUCACCUACCUGCUGCAGAACUCUCUGGGUGGCAGCGCUAAGAUGCUCAUGUUUGUGAACAUUUCCCCCCUAGAAGAGAACGUCUCUGAGUCCCUCAACUCCCUACGCUUUGCCUCCAAGGUGAACCAGUGUGUUAUUGGUACGGCCCAGGCCAACAGGAAAUGA